AUGUCAUCAACAACAACAAAAAUCGUAGCAGAAUAUGCAAAGUCAGGCAAAUCGUCAUGCAAAAAAUGUUCUGAAAAGAUCGAUUCCAAGUCUUUGAGAUUGGGUUUGAAGGUUUGGGACCCUCGUGGUUAUGAUAACACUAAAUGGCAUCAUGUCAGCUGCUUUUUCGCUUUGGAUUCCGAGCUCCCGGUUUUUGGUGUCGAUUCCAUUGAAGGAUUUCAAGAGUUAACGGGAAGUGAUCAACAUAAGUUGAAGCAGAUGGUGAGUGAAACGGAUCAAGUAUCUACUAAGAGAAAAGGGGAUGAUGAGUCUAAGUCAGAGAGAGGUGAUUUGAAGAAACUAAAGACGGAUGAAGAUAAGAAAAAUCGGCAAGAUAAGAAGAAUGUAACAAAUGAAAAGAUUAUUGCAGAGUAUGCAAAGUCAGGAAGAUCUUCUUGCAAUAAAUGCUCUGAGAAAAUUGAAUCCAAAUCUUUAAGAUUGGCACAAGGGUUUGAAAAUACCAAAUGGUAUCACUUAGACUGCUUCUUUCCUCUAGAUACAGACCUGGUUUCAGCAGAUUCAAUCGAAGGUUUGUCAGAACUGAAGAGCAGCGAUGAAGAAAAGUUGAGGACAUUAGUGUCCAAAGGAGGUCAAUCUUCUAAGAAGAGAGAUGGAGUUGAUGACACUGAGUCAAAGAGAGGGCAUUCAAAGAAACUAAAGACUGAUGAAGAUAAGGAAAAUGGGCAAGAAAAGAAUAAUGUAACGAAUGAAAAGAUUAUUGCAGAGUAUGCAAAAUCAGGAAGAUCGUCUUGCAAAAAAUGCUCUGAGAAGAUUGAAUCGAAAUCUUUAAGAUUGGCAUUCAGUAGCUGGGACCCACGAGGGUUUGAAAACACCAAAUGGUAUCACUUAGACUGCUUCUUUACUCUAGAUGUAGACCUGGUUUCAGCAGAUUCAAUAGAAGGUUUUACUGAGCUGAAGAGCAACGAUCAAGAAAAGUUGAAGACAUUGGUGAUUGAAAGGGAUCAAUCUUCUAAGUAGGUACUUUUCUUAGAAGGUACUUGUUCGCCCGUGACUUGAUACACCAGUCGACCCAGCCCAGUCACCUGAUGCUCAUUCUGUCCAGCGACGGGUCAGCCUGAUUCAAAGUGGUUGAAGCCCAAUUAAAAGGUCACAGUCCCAUUUACAGCUCCAAGUUCUGUCAUAUAAUCUAUUUGAAGUAUGAGAGUUUUUUUGUUUCCUUCUGAUUGUAUUUCCCUUUGUUUUGCUUUAUUUGAAGUUUUCUUAGCAUAGUUUAUUUUCUGCGAAAUAUAGAAUCAUGGGUGGUUAUUACUACUUUGUCUUGUAAUUGUGAGUGGAAUGGAUCAGUUUUAUCAAUAAAAUAUUCUAAAGUCUCUACUUUAGAGAGUUGUCCA